AAAAGGCAUCCCGGAGGCCCUCAACAGUGCUUGCAGGGUGUAGUUUCAAAGAGCUUGUUUGGAGGAAAGAUGUGGAGGGCUUGCUUCACAGUGAUGGUUGUUGUGGCCAUGUGCCUCUGUUCACUGGCCGACAGCCAAUCUGACUUGUACCAGUUCCCGAGCAAAAGACCAGACAGCAAGAGGUACUGUGGCAGUAACCUUGUGAAAAUACUGCAGUUUCUGUGUGAUGGAUAUUACAAUGCGAACAUAAGCCCAAACAACUAUGGCACCCGAGUUGGUAGGAAGAAGUCAAUACCAGAAGCGGAUGAUGACCUCUGGCUUCAACUUCAACCUGCGGAAGAAGAAAUAAAGUUUCCUUUCCGUCCACGAUCCAGUGCUUCAAUUUUCUCGCACAGAAUGUUCAAACGACAUUCUGUAGGUGUCGCCUAUGAGUGUUGUAUCAACAAAGGUUGCACCGUAGACGAACUGAAGAGCUACUGUGGACGUUAACUAUGAAAAAUAAAGAAUAAUUCUAAUUCAUGUGUCUGCUUGCAAAUAUACAGUUGUGUCACGGGCUUUUGGGCAUGGAUAUUUAAGAAUAAAAAUUUAUUACACUAAAA